CAUCUCUCUGUUUAUAUAUGAUCAUACUUUUUUAAAAAGUCACCUUAAAAGAUGGCAACCUACAUAAGGUGUGGAUUAAUGCGAAGUCUGGGUCGACGUUCUAUUACCAGUUUAUUGACAGUAAACAGCUAUGGUCGGAAUUCGAGAUUGCUUGCCACCCAGCCCCAGAGAUCUAAAAAGCAAGAGAUGGUGAUUGAAAUGCAUAAAAAAAUAGACUACAACAUUGGGAUCUCAUCAAACCUCUUCACAACUUUCUAUUCUUCAUUAAAAGAUUUUGACGCUGUCACUGAACAAGAUAUUGGGUUUUUACUUCAUGUCUGUAGUGUUGGCCCAUUUGAUGCAUCAGUCAAGAAAAGAUUAGCACUGGUGGAAGAAAUAUGGAAUAAAAUGGAAGAAUUAGGUCUGAAACCAACCACCAGACUUUUUAAUGUGAAACUUCGAACUUACUGUGGCAAUAAGAAACUUUUUAACCCAUUGGAAGAACUAAUGAACAUGAAAUCACUUGGUCUCAAUCCUGACAAGGUAACUUAUCAACUUUUAAUAGAAGGAUUUUGCCAGAAAGGAGAUAUCAAGGGUGCAAAUUUAGUUUUGGAGGCUAUGAAAGAAACAGAUUAUUACAUCAAUCUGAACAUCUUCAACUCUUUCAUCACAGGACAUUUAAAGGCUGGAUCUCCAGAGGAGGCUGCAAAAGUUUUAGACAUUUUAAGAUCUAAAAAUCUGAGCCCAAACUCCGAGACCUACUUUAGAUAUGCAGAACAUUAUGCUGAAGUUGGAGACAUAGAGAAUGUGAUGAAGUAUGUUCAUGAAGCCGAGGCUGAUAAUGUACCAAUGUCACAAACUUUACUGCUGAACCUCUAUCAGGUCAUGAUCAACUCUGGCCAUGGGAACAAUGCUGAAAAUCUGUUAAACCACAUCAUGAAAAUUGGCUUGUUCAAUAGUGCCACUAUACAGAAAUCUUGUCAACUCAUCUCUGAAGGAUUCAAUGAUGCUGCCUUUGAAUUGUACAUGAAGAUGCCAAAAGCUGAAGAAGGGAGGUUGACUUACCAUUCUGGUAGCUUCUUGCUGAAAACCAUGAUCAUCAAUGACCAGAGUGCUGAAGAGAUAAUCUCAAUGGCUGACAAAAUACAAGAAGUUCACCCAAAGUCUUUGGCUCAUCAGAACAGUCUACUCUACUCAUACAGAGAAAAUAAAAUAGAUUUAGCUCUACAGUUAGUAGAGUUGAUGCAUGCCAAGAAUCAUCCUAUUAGACCUGUAUAUAUUGUUCCAGCCAUUUGUAACUAUAGGAACAAUAACAAUAUAACAGGUGUCUACAAGGCUGUUAAAAUGUUGAUAGAUAAAACCAGUGGGCAGGACAAAGAAGAACAGCUUCUUCAUUGUUGCUAUCCAGCUCUUUUGGCAUUGAAACAAACAAAAGAAGAUAUUUUAUCAGCGUUUAAGGGUGAUGAUAAACUCUGGAAUACAGUCUUCUUUUGUUCUGAUAUUAUGAACAGUGGCUACACACAGGCUUUAAAUAAUGCCAAAACCAAAGAGGACAUGUUGUGGUUGCCUUCAAUACUGGAACAUGCUCUGAAUAGAGCCAAACAAAACUUUUUAGCCACUGAGUUGGAAUCUAGUGCCUCUGUGUUAAGCCUCAUCAGUCAGUUGCCUGAAGCUAACAAGGAAGGCAUGAGACUACUGGCUGGGGAUCUCUUGUUUUAUUUGAUCAUGAAGAAAGAUUGGAUCAGUACGGAAACAUUCACACAGCUUCUAACUGACAAAAACCUCAAAGUAAACAAUGGAUUUCAAAAUAUGAGGUCCUAUGCUGACAUGCCAGUAAGCCUAAAAGAAAAGUUGAUUAGAAUCUCUGCUAGACGUGAUUUCAAAGUUAGGCCAGAUCAGAGAGCUCAAGAUGAGGCAGUCAUUGACAGAGUGAUGAAAGGGGAUCUUCCAUCAAGGCAACCAAACAAAACUGAUCCAUCUUUGACAAAACCAAAUUUUAUGAAACUUCUCUCCUCAUUAAAUGAUUCCUUUAGAAAGAAGGAUUUGGAUUCUUUGAAACAAGGGCAUAGAGAAUUACAGGCGAAUGGAUUUAUAAUGAAAGCCUCCUACUUCAACAGCUAUCUCCUGAAACUCGUCCAAUUGGGAGACAGUGAGACUGCGUUCUCUCUCUUCCAAGAACUAAGAGCUAAAGGUGAUGAUGGUAUGCUUGAUAAGUCUGUUGUACUUUCUCUUGGAGCUGCAUUGAUCAAGACUGGAAAUGUUGAAGGCACUUUAAAUAUACUAAAAGCUUUGUCAGAAGGCAAAUUUUCAUGUGAAGAAAAAUUUUCAAAUGUAGAUUCUGUCAAAACCAUCUUGAUAGAAGCCCCAAGUAUAAAGGAUGCCGAGACCCUCCAUGAAGCCAUCAUUAAGCACAAAGCAGUGGAGACCAGUGAAGUACAAAAAGUGCAUCAGUUCUAUGUCAGCCGGAUAUUAAUGUUAUCUGAUGAUGAUGAGGUGGUCAGAUAUCUGAUGAGACUUCAUGAACACUACCAUGUAUUUCCCAGUGGAGAGAAGAUUUUAAAGAGAUUUAUUGAAAAGAAAGAUGUUGAUAGAUUGAAGAGAGUUAUGGAUGUGGGACUCCAUGUUUUUGGAAAUAACUAUUUACAUCAUUUGUUGGCUUUUAGUUUCUUACAAAGUGGACUAGCUAAUAAAGCAGCUGUUAUAUUUCAAACACCAGGUCUUAAACUGAAUGAAAGAUUAAUCUUGGACAAAUGUCAAUAUUACAUCAAAAUGAGAAAGGUUGAUUGGCUUUCAGAAUUAGUCAACAUUACUCGAACUUUACCUAUCAGCAGGACUCAAAUGUUGAAACACUUAGCACAGGGAUACAUUGCCACUCAAGACUUGACCAAAGCAACUUCUGUUAUACGAACAUUUCUUGAUGAUUUCAUUGAGCCACCCAAAAACUUGGUGCGAGACAUUGUCAGGCUUUAUCAGAAUGCAAAUCAAGAAUUACCAGAGAUUUUAAAACCUUAUGAACAAGUAGAAAAAAAGCAGCCCAGAUCAGAAGUGAAUCAAAGUUCCACAGAUGAAAAAACAGAUGACAUUAAAAUUAUUUAAAUUAUUCAUAUGUACUAAUCUUUCUUUUUAAAUUUUGUAUGUCAUGUUUUCAGUCACAAUAAACAAUCUUGUAUGAAAAUAUAAA